AAGUUGUGCUAGAUUAACUUACCGUUAUGUCAGUAUAUUAAACCUACCAACAACACAAGCGGUACAAGAUACGCAAUAAUAAAUCGAUCCGUCACGGUCCACUGACUAUAAAGUGACCCAUAUUGUUGUGUGUAGCAUAGGGAAUCUAAUCUUUUCUUUUUGAAGUGUGAAUUAAACUGAGACCUUUUUGUAAUGAUCUUUCAAGAAUGUAUCCGAACAUCUUUGCGAGGCGGGAAACAAACGACGGGAGCUGUCAUUUCAAAUUUGUAAAAACGUAAAUUACAGCAAUCAUGUACACAGAUGAUAAUUCUGAUAAAGAGAGUGAAUUUGAAGACAGAAGUCCGGAAGAUAGUCCGAAUAUAACAAAAAAAUCUCUAUCCACUGUCGGCUUCAGAAAUAAUCCCGAAAACCAAAAUGCAAGACCCCUUGCGCUGCGUGCCACCCAAUCUUUUACCGGGGCCGUCGAAGAGCUCAGGUUAUGUGGCAAUUUUCAACGGAUUAAUUUAUGUAAUAGGAUGAAUGUUAUGUCUGCACCGAAGAUAGCUACAGUCUGUCCAUGUGGGUGUCUUCUACGCCCAGCGACCACGGGCCCCUUCAGAACAAGAGAACAGAAUACACUAGCACUUCACGUCGUCUCUCCGGAGGUUCUGAGCUACCAUGGCUAUUGCUUCGAGCCUUACCAAAUUGCCAUGUUUUGGAAAAAAGACUGUAGAAUGUUCUUGUGGAAAGGAAAGGCCAAAAUGAAGAAUGUUAUUCAUGCAGACUCAUACAGAAAAUGAUAAUAAUGUACCUAAACUUAUUUAAUUUUUUUGUAAAAAUUAAACUUUAUGAAACAUG